AUGGCGGAGAUUUAUGUCAACCUCCUGGGCUUGAGAAUCGCUGUGUCGUUCACAGGACUUGUGGGUAACGUAUGCUUAAUCCUCUCUAUCGUCCAUAUCAAGUGGUCCCACAUCAAAUCCUUCGAGUUGUUUCUUCUGGGACUGGCUGCCGCCAACUUGGAGGAGAUUGUCAUCAUCAACGUCUACGAUCUUUUCAUUCUUCAGUCGUCUUUCUCCAACACUUGGUCGUGCCGCUUUUUGAAGUUUAUGACCAUGUUUGGAGAAACCGCCAGCAUCUUCUUCACCGUCAUCAUCAGCAUCUUCAGGUACCAGAAGCUGGCCGUCAGCUUGUCGGUUCCCCUGGACCGCAUCGGAGUAGCCCGUCUGCUGAGCGGAGUUUGUGUAAUGGUCUCUUUUUUGCUCAGUUUCCCAGUUGUUGCCAUUAAACCCACGGAGAAUGCCACCAACAGCAGCGGCAGCCGCUGCUCUGCUGAAUCCUUUCACUGCGGCGAGAAUUAUUGUCCCACGCCCAACUGUGCUUACAAAUAUCUCUUCGUCCUCGUCUCCUACCUGCUACCCCUCAUCAUCAUCACAGUCACCAACUGUCUAAUCAUCACAGUGCUGCUAAUCCAGAGGAGGACCAUCACACCAGAGAUCAGUGUGCACCAGCCCAACCACAACCACAGAAAAGGCAGAGAUCUGCGGUUCCAGCACAGCACCAUAGCCGUGGUGGCGGCCAUGGCCUUGUUCCUGGUGAACUGGACCUUCUACCUGGUCUUUCAGUUUAUCCUCAAACCUAAGGACCUUCCUUCUUGGAGUGAAAUUGAGUUUUUCAUUCUAACCUCCUACUCGUCCUUCAGUCCAUAUGUAUACGGGAUAGGACACAACUUGUUUUCUCUGGAAAACUUUAAAAUUAUUAGAAAUAAAUUUUAA